CUUUUUGUAAUGUUGAGCCAAGUGGUUUGUUGGGUGAGGUUUAAGCAUUUCCAGGCGGAAGGGCACCUGGCAUGUCCUGCCGCACACCUGUGGACGUGUGGCGGACUGCAGGAGAGUCCGUGCGCUCUUUGAUGCACAGCUGGAGCAGUGGCCGGUUGCCAUGUGGAGGAAGCCGGGGUGCCUGAGCUUGGCCUUGGGCCUGUGCUGGCUGAGCCGGCCGCCUGUCAGUUAUGAGCCCGGCGCGGCUUUCCUGUGCAGUUUCCUGACAGUCGCUCUCCGGCGGUUCUGCGCAGUGCCCCAAAGGGCGAAGAUUCCCAAGGCCAGGUGGGAAGAGGAGCAGCGGGAGGAUGGGGUCAAGUGGCAGCAGUUGGAGCACAACGGACCGUACUUUGCAGCACCUUACGAGCCCCUGCCAAAUCAUGUCCACUUCUGUUACAAUGGGAAGCCUAUGAAACUCAGUUUGGCCGCGGAGGAAAUAGCCACGUUCUAUGCCAAGAUGCUGGAUCACGACUACACAAGGAAGAGAAUCUUCCAGAACAACUUCUUCAGUGACUGGACCAAGGAGAUGACCCCGGAAGAGAGGAAGAAGAUCAAAGAGCUGGGGAAGUGCAAUUUUGAAGAGAUCCAUAAGCAUUUUGUGGAGAAGCAGGAGGCCCGGAAGACACUGUCCAAGGAGGAGAAACAGAAAUUGAAAGCGGAGGCCGAGAGAAUCCAGGAGAAAUAUGGCUACUGCAUAAUCGACGGGCACCGGGAGAAGAUUGGCAACUUCAAAACGGAACCUCCGGGUCUCUUCCGGGGUCGUGGGGACCACCCCAAAAUGGGGAUGCUCAAGAAAAGAAUAAUGCCCGAAGACAUCAUUAUCAACUGCAGCAAAGACUCCGCGGUCCCGCCUCCACCUCCAGGGCACAAGUGGAAGGAAGUCCGGUGUGACAACACCGUCACCUGGCUGGCGUCAUGGAGCGAGAACAUCCAGGGCUCCAUCAAAUACGUGAUGUUGAACCCCAGCUCCAAGUUGAAGGGGGAGAAGGACUGGCAGAAAUACGAGGUGGCUCGGCGGUUGAAGGGGGUGGUGAGCAAGAUCCGGUCUCAGUACCGCGACGACUGGAAGUCCAAAGAGAUGAAGAAACGGCAGCGGUCCGUGGCGCUUUACUUCAUUGAUAAGCUGGCCCUGAGAGCGGGGAACGAAAAGGAGGAGGGGGAGACGGCCGACACGGUGGGCUGCUGCUCCCUGCGCGUCGAGCACAUCACGCUGCACUCUCGGCUGGACGGGAAGCAGAACGUCGUGGAGUUUGACUUCCUGGGCAAGGACUGCAUCCGCUAUUAUAACAAGGUGCCCGUGGAGAAGCAGGUGUUCAAGAACUUGAAGUUAUUCAUGGAGAACAAAGAUCCUGGAGAAGAUCUGUUCGACCGGCUGUCUACAACAACGCUGAAUAAGCAUCUCCAGGACCUGAUGGACGGCUUGACGGCAAAGGUCUUCAGAACGUACAACGCGUCCAUCACGCUGCAAGAACAGCUGGAGGCGCUAACCAAUGAGGAUGAUAACGUGGCUGCAAAGCUCCUCUCCUACAACCGAGCCAACCGUGCCGUCGCCAUCUUGUGCAACCAUCAGCGGGCCACGCCGAAGACCUUUGAGAAGUCUAUGCAGAACCUCCAGGCCAAGAUCGAUGCCAAAAAGGAUCAGCUGGCCGAUGCCAAAGCGGAGCUGAAGAGGGCGAAGGCCGACCACAAAGCCAAAAAGGAUGUGAAAUCUAAAGCCACCGUGGAAAAAAAGAGGAAACUGGUGGAGAAGACGGAGGAGCAGCUGUGCAAGCUGAACAUGCAGGCCACCGACAAGGAGGAGAACAAGCAGAUCGCCCUGGGCACCUCCAAGCUGAAUUACCUGGAUCCUCGCAUCAGUGUGGCCUGGUGUAAAAAAUUUUGCGUGCCCAUUGAGAAGAUUUAUAACAAGACCCAGCGGGAGAAGUUUGCUUGGGCCAUAGCGAUGGCGGACGAAGAUUUUGAAUUCUAAGGCGCAGCCCCUGGGUUGGCGACGACAACGCUACCUCCUGCCUGCUUGGGUAGCGAGUCUGCAUUUUUAUGCCCCUUUGGGAGCAAAAUACAUCUCUAAUGGAAGCACCUGUAGCUUCUAUCCUGUUUUGUGUACCUGAGAAGAAAUGCCCUUUGAGGCAUACUGGGUACCAGAAUGCAGGUGCGGCCUUCCCUCAGUUUAUUAUUUCAGGGAAUUUAAGUGACUGUACCCUACACUGGUUUAGCUAUCAUGGCGUUUACAUUUCAGAAUCUUGGGAAAUAUCUGUAUUGGGGACCAGGUGCCAGAGAACUACAAAUCCCAGGAUUCCAUAGGUGAAGGCCAUGACAGUUACAAAAACCAAUUCUGGUUUGUCCUGUAGAUGUAGUUGUUUACGUUCCUCACGCCUGUUCUGGUCUCUUGUCUUUAAGCCUCCAUUUCUGAGACAGUAGGCGCUGUAUGUGAACCCGUCAUUCUGCCGUUUUGUUGACUAUUUCCCCCAAAUUGUGGCGUUCAGAAGUACUUCACUGAGGGUGGGACGAGGCCAAACUGGAUUUGUGGCCUUCGUCAACCCCUUAAAGAAUGCGCACCUCCCCCCAUUCAUUUAUUUCUGUAAACUGAGGAAAGCUAGUGUUGACCAGAAGAAGUUCAGUAGCUUUCUCUCUGGGAGAUGGCUGUUCUGAGGGUACGGUAUGGUUCCGACCAAUAAUAAGAUUAGGUUUUCCUGAUCCGGUCCCUGUUCUCUGCAUCAGAGGUCGCGUUUUACCUUAGCCCUCACUUCACAGUCUGCACAAACUAGAAAUGUGGUGCAGAGACAGAGAGUUCUUGGGUGUAAUCAAACCAGAUCAGCCUGUCAGGGUACACAUUGGAACAAACACUUGGAGGACUGAGACUUUUACUGGGGAUUGCACAGAAAAAGGAUCCUUCUGCUCUUUGUUACUUCUCAUCUUUUGGGGAAGGAAGUCUGACCUGCCUCUCCCGGCAACAAAUAGG